AUGCAUCGCCAUGCAGUCAUGAACAUGCUACAGAAAAAAAUCAUUAAACCAUGCGAUGUUUUCAUUAACCAUAGAGGCAUUGAUACGAAGCGAACCGUGGCUUCGUUGCUCUAUGAUCACCUUGUCCGCCUCGAUAUCCAUCCUUUCUUGGACAACAAGAACAUGAAACCGGGGGACAAGCUGUUCGAGAAGAUAAACAAUGCCAUUCAUGGCUGUAAAAUUGGCGUGGCGGUCUUCUCACCGCGUUAUUGUGAGUCAUACUUCUGCCUCCACGAGUUGGCUCUCAUGAUGGAGUCUAAGAAGAAGGUUAUACCCAUCUUCUGUGAUGUCAAGCCCUCCGAGCUUCGAGUGGUGGACAAUGGUACUUGUCCACCUCAGGACCUCGAGAAGUUCACUAUGGCACUUGAAGAGGCCAAGUACACUGUUGGACUCGCCUUCGACUCUCUUAAGGGGAACUGGUCAGAUGUGGUAACAAAUGCUGCAGACAUUGUGACAGAAAGCUUGAUAGAGAUCCAGGACGAAGACCGAAUUCAACACCAAAUUCCUCAAAUCCCUAAAUGA